UUCAGUUGUCAAGGUCCUUCUCUUAAGAAAUGCGUUUAACCGAAAAAAACUGGCUGCUGAUUCUGGUAAUUGUUGGACUGAUUUUACUAGGGAUACUUUUCCCGCUAAAUCACCUGGAUUUAAAAUCGGGUCCUAUACGCAAUCGCAGCUACAGCUGGUUGAAUUAUGAAGCUGCUGAUGGCGGCCCAGAGAAUCAGUGCGACUGUGCAGCAAUUUUGCAGGGCGACAGUGAGGCACUGCAGAAGGCCAAAACACUGACCAUCACUAAAGACUUCCAAAAGAGUAUUAAGAUCCCCAAUGAAUAUUACAUCAGCGCAAGCCAAGACUGCAAGACCUUCAAGGCAAACAGAAAAUAUGUAACGUUUCCAUUGAGCCGCGUCGAAGAGGACUUCCCCUUAGCUUACUCCGUGGUUGUUCAUCAUAAGGUGCAGAACUUUGAGCGACUACUACGAGCCAUCUAUGCACCCCAAAAUAUUUAUUGCAUCCAUGUAGACCAAAAAUCAGAUGCCUCAGUCUACUCUGCCAUCAGUGCCAUAACCUCCUGUUUCCCAAAUGUCUUUAUGGUCAGUCAGAGGGUGGAUGUGGUCUAUGCUGCUUGGUCACGUGUCCAGGCUGAUAUUAACUGUAUGGCUGAUCUCUAUAACGCUACAACAAAAUGGAAAUACUUCAUCAACCUUUGUGGCCAGGAUUUCCCUCUGAAAACCAAUUUGGAGAUUGUGAAUGCAUUGCUAUCAUUGGGGGGCGACAACAGCAUGGAGUCAGAAAAAAUGUCUGAAAACAAGAGGAAUAGAGUCACACAUGUUCAUAAGAUAGUUAAUGGACAAAACCAGCCAACAGGAAAUUUAAAGGGGCCACCUCCCUCCAACCUGCCCAUUCUGACAGGAAGUGCCUACAUCGUGGUUAACCGAGGCUACGUCCGCAGUGUAUUGGAGGACAACCGUAUACCGGCAUUGAUCGAAUGGGCCAAAGACACCUUUGUUCCUGAUGAACUAUUCUGGGCGACCAUUCAACGACUCCCCGGGGUUCCUGGCUCUAAGAGGCCCCAUCCUAAAUACGACAUGACAGACAUGAACGCGAUAGUACGGCUGGUGAAGUGGCAGGAACAUGAGGGAGAAGUGUACCCAGAAUGUCACGGCCACCAUGUCAGGAGUGUUUGUGUGUAUGGUUUUGGAGACGUGCAGUGGCUGCUUCAACAGCAUCAUCUCUUUGCCAAUAAGUUUGACACAGAAAUAGAUCCUAUUGCCGUCUACUGCUUGGAGAAGUAUCUAAGAAAAAAGGCACUAGCUCAGUUAUUUUAGGUGUGUUGGACUUUUUACUAGAAGCCAAGAAUACUUGAAAUUGGCUGUUUGGGUCAUGGGUAAUUAGAUAACUGUUAAACUAAUUUCAUUUUGUUUACAUGGGUCUAUAGGUAUUCAUUCCUUGUAAAUACAACUGUUUUUAGCUGGGGGAAAGUGAAAAAGGAAAACUACAGCAAUGAGACUAAGCCUUAACAUAAGAUAUACAAUUUAAUUUGAUAAAAAAAGACAUGUAUUUUAAAAGUGUUUGUUGUCAAUGAAGCUAAAUUGCUUGCACCAUUAUUCACCAAUAUGUGCAGGUUUUUGUUGUGUCAUGUAGCUUGGGGUUGGUUUAGUUUGGUAGGUUUUCUCAUGUGCUUUUAGUCUGUCUUCUGUGCUAUGUGAGUAUGCAAGAAUAAUAAAUCGCUAAAUGUUGAAUAAUUUGUCAUCCGUUGGUGCAACCAGCUCGGUAACAUGGGCACUUGGGUUCCAGAUAACCGUUGAGGAAGAGCACAUCUUUAAUGAUUUCACAACAAAUUAAUUUCUUGCAAGCCACCAAUAUAAGAAUAUAAAUGUACAAAUAAGAACUAAUGAAAGGGGACACAUUUAAAUCAAGGCUCUCUCUGGACUGUACCUCUCUAGCAGUCAACAUUUAGAUUUUAUUAUGAGGCCUAACAAUCUCACACACGCGAUCAAGAGAAGAACUAUGACUAAAAUGACAUAACUUUGCUUUUAGGCGGGUAAUAGAAUCAGACAGAUGAUGAAUAAACAUGCAACACAUUACUGAAACUACUGAUAACUCCGGUGGCCCUCGGUGCCCAACAACUGUAAAAUAGGUAAAUCCGUGCAAAUAUACACAACAUAAGCAAAUACAAAAAACUGUGAUGAAAUUUGCAUCUCGUUUUCUUUUUCUUUCUGUAUUUGCAUGUAUAGUCUUUCAGCGAGUUGGAGUGAGUUGAGCUCUCAGGAACAUCAUAAAGACCUUUUUUCAACCUUUA